AUGGCAUUGACUGCAGUGCAAAAGAUUUGGCAUUGUUUUAGAGGGCCUAAAUUAUAUAGACAGCUAAGAAACAAUGAAGGACAGCCCAAGAUAUACCAAGCAAACUUUAUUGAAGCAACAGGAGACAGAUUUAUAAGUGUUAUUCGAUUUUGUAUGUCUUUUACGUACUGGACCAGUCCAUUUGUGCUUGGUGUGCUAUACCGACGGGGAUAUUUCUCAACAGAAGGUCUUGUCAGUAUUGGAAAGUUUAUGUUCUCAAUAGGUGUUAUCUACACUGUGGCAUAUAUUACCAGAGGUGUUGGUCGCUAUAAUAAUGCUGAUUACAUAACAUUCCUCAGUAUACUAACAGCUACACAGAGGUCCUUAACUCAACAGAACAAGAGGAUGUUAGCCAGAUAUGACUUCGAGUUUUGGGCGUGGCCAGUGGAUUGGUAUAUGGGAGAAAAUGGGGAAGUGAAGAAAAUCCAUCAACAGAUUCCAAGGUCUAAACAAGUAGAAUAUUCACUAACCAAUCUUCCUCUGAAGAUUUUAAGUUAUGCUGCUGUACAUACUUUUGGGAGGAGGAUGCUUUAUCCAGGAGCUACAGCCCUCAUUAAUUCAUUAGUCGGUCCUGUGUUGAGUCAAAACAGAGCAUCUUUAAUAGAAGAGAAAAAUGGACAAAGAGCCAAACUUUUAGCAGCAGAUGGAAAUGAAAUAGAUACUAUGUUUGUGGACCGGAGACACACUGGAAAUCAGAAUGGAAAGACGCUGAUUGUAUGCUGUGAAGGUAAUGCUGGUUUCUAUGAAAUUGGUUGUACAGUAACCCCGUUAGAGGGAGGCUACUCUGUUUUAGGAUGGAAUCAUCCUGGAUUCUCAGGGAGCACGGGAAUUCCCAUGCCUUCUCAGGAACAAAAUGCAGUAGAUGCUGUGAUGCAAUAUGCUAUUAAUAGAUUAGGAUUCACUCCAGACAAUAUAGCAGUGUUUGCCUGGUCCAUUGGGGGAUACACUGCAUCAUGGGUAGCAAUGAAUUACCCAGAUUUAAAGUACAUUGUAGUGGAUGCCACUUUUGAUGAUGUUGUUCCACUAGCUCAGGCCAGGAUGCCAGAAUACUUUGAGAAUUUUGUGGAAUUUACAGUAAGAUCAUAUCUAGACUUAAACAUAGCAGCUCAGUUAAUAAGAUAUUCUGGUCCAAUACUUUUAAUAAGAAGAACGCGAGAUGAGAUGAUUACAACAAAAUCAGAUCCCACUGGAGUCAAACUGUAUUCAAACAGAGGGAAUUAUCUUCUCAUAAAAUUGUUACAAUUUAGAUAUCCACAUAUCGUUGAUGACAGUACACUAGCCCUUUUAGCUGAUUGGUUAGCAAGAUUGAAACCUCAGCAAGAGGACCUCUGGCAAACACAUGAAGUUGAUGAAGAGGAGUGUUUAGUCAAAAUUAGAUCCUACAUACAAACUGAAUCUGAUACAUUUCCAUGUCAUAUAGGGGAAGAUUACAGUGAAGAAGAUAAGAAGAAGAUGGUCCUGUACUUAGCCUCACGUUAUAUGAUAGACUUUGAUUCAACACAUUGUAACCCUUUGCCUGCAUCACUUUUCAAAAAGCCAUGGUCACUGGAGAGCGAAGAUCAACCCAAAUUUUUGUGACUAGAACUUCAUUCCUCAGCGAUUGCUCAAACCAUGGAAAGAUGCUAGUGACCUUGAACUAUUUAUAUUUAUUCACAAACUGAACUAUUUUGCUGAGCAACAAAUUCUUUGUCAUUUUAUACAACUUUUUAACUUAAUUAAAUAUAGAUUCACUUUUCAAAA